CAGCCUCAUGCCUGAGGACGUGGCAGUCUUUGCGAUCAAGGCUUAUCUGUCUGCCUGUGAUCGGCAUGAAGGGCGCAGGUGUAGUGAGGGAAAGGCGUAAGCCAUACACAACGAACUGAUUUAGCACUUGAGGUAUAUCACAACAGCCAACCCUCCGACACUUUUAAGAUAUAGCCAUCGAGACUCAUGCAACAUCUUCAUUAUUACCCCCCACCUUCGAAAUGCCCAUCAAAGCAGUCCUGUUCGACUUCAUGGGCACCUGCCUAGACUGGCACAGCGCCAUAACAGCCGCACUGCCGCCGUCCCUCCCAUACGAAACCCGCUCUCAGUUCGCCCUCACAUGGCGCCAGGCCUACUUCGACCACAACGCCGCCCGCCUGGCCAGCGGCCAGCCGCCAGAGGACAUCGACACCUCCCAUCGGACAACCCUAGCCGCACAGCUCGCCUCGUCCUCUGCUGAGGUCAAGGCUGCAUUCGCAGAGACGCCCGGCGCACAAGACGCCUGCAUCGCAGCGUGGCACAGCCAGCCGGCCUGGCCCGACGUCGCGCCGGCCAUCGAGCAGCUGCGGUCUUCGAGUUGUUUCGCCGGGGACGAGGGGGAGGGGAGGACUCUCGACGUCCUGGUCCACGCCAACGGCACGCUGCGCCUGCAGCUUGACCUCUGUCGCUCCUCGGGCCUGCGCUUCGACGCCCUGCUCUCCAGCGAGCUCCUGGGCGUCUACAAGCCCGCGCCCGAGAGCUACCGCCGCGCGCUGGAGCUGUUGCGCUGCGAGGCCGGCGAGUGCGUGAUGGUCGCCGCGCAUGCGUACGACACGCGUGGCGCCAAGGCCGUGGGCAUGAAGACUGUCUACGUCUAUCGCUGGACCGACGACAUCAACGAGGACCAGGCGGCCGUGAGGCGGGAGAACGAUGCGUACCUCGAGAACAUGGACGAUCUGGCUGAGACAAUAGCACGGCUGGGUUCGGGAGUCUGAGGGCAUUCACCUGAUGAUCAAUGUUUGGCGCCCGGAGCCGGUCGCGGGGGCUGCAAGUGCCAGUGCCUUCCAAGGUUCUCCGUGGCCAAGACUCCGAAGAUUUCAAUAUUCGGAGCACUCAACAACAGGAUUUUCAGGAUUACUGCGUUGGUGCAAGUUUAUUUUGGUCGGUGUCGCUUGACUAAGUACUGCGAACACUUCAUUGAUCUACCUACCUAGGUAGGUAUCUGCCUUUGCACCGUUCUCGUUCCUUCCUUCCGAUUUCUCUAUAAAGCAGGCCGGUAGGAUCUGCUUGUCACGAGAUAUCGUCAACGUUUACUGCCACCCAAAAUCCACAGUGAAAGUUUGAAUCAUAGCGAUUGUGUUGACUUGAGAGGGCUAUCUAAUUCUGUUGUUCGUCUUGCUUCUUCUUGCGCUUGUUACGGCUGGCCAUACCAGCAUCCAGCAUAGCUUGCUUUGUCGCCUCCUGUCUUUCCUCUUCUUUCUUUCUCUCCCUUUCCUUCCUUGCCUCCUCGCGUCUAUUCAGGCUAUUCUGGCCCGCGGCGAUCGUCAUAUCUUCUAGAUCAUCCUGGUAUGUCCCUUCGCUGUCACGGUUGGAAGACAUAAUGAAGCAGUGUCUAUAAGUGGUUAAUUUAGCCAUCAAAUGUUUUGUUUGAAGACUGGGUCUUUGGGCGCUUACCACUUUGUGAAGGGACCGUCCACCUUCAGGAUGUACACGGAUUUAGGAAGAAAAUCACUCAGACCGGUAGGUAACGUUGACAAAUGUGAAGAAGGCGGAUUUUUAGAACAAUGAAAGUACCUGGAACUGGG